AUGUCAUCGGUCAAGAUCCACCCUCCCAUGAAGGGCCCCUCAGCCUCAGAGGGCCCGCUGCCUCCGCUCAUCGCAACUCCUUCUGGGCUCGCACUGCUUGAGAUGCAGGGGACCAUCAACCUGCCACACUUCAACCCCGACGAAGAUAGUGACAAAUCCGCGCCGGAGGUUCCCAUUGGAAAGGUCGUCUUCCCCGAUUACCACCCAGAAACCCAAGAAGAAGGCAGCACGGCGUGGAUGAAGCGCGUCUUCCUUUACGUUGGUCAGCAUCAGAGGCUUCACGGUGAGGUCAAGAAGCUUCCCAAGGCCAUGGCUAUCAUCCGACGCAGGGAAGAGGCGACAACCGGCAAGGGCGGCGAGGUCGAGGAGGAACUCGAGAUCGCCGAGAUCGUCAAAUACAAGAUCAUGUUCGGAAACCGACCGGAGCCUGUUACCACGGAGACCAUCUCGUAG